AUGGACCCCACACCACCUGAACCACCCUCGCGUUCGCUCAAGGGCCGUGUGGCCGUGGUGACGGGCGCGGGCUGCAUCGGCGACGGCAUCGGCAACGGCCGGGCGAUUUCGAUACUGCUGGCCGACGACGGCUGCGACGUGGUGUGCAUGGACAGGAACCUGGCGUGGGCGCAGACGACGGUCGACAAGGUGAAUGCCGGCCGCGCCGACGGCACGCCGCGACCAGGACGGGCCGUCGCCUGCCAGGGCAAUGUCACUCUGGAGGACGACUGCCGGGCGGCUGUGCAGCACGCCCUCGACACGUUUGGCCGCCUUGACAUUCUGGUCAACAACGUCGGUGUGGCCGGCGCGCCGGGCACGGCUGUGGACGUGGACCUCGAGCAGUGGGCGGCGACGCUCGACGUCAACGUGUCCAGCAUGGUGCGGAUGGCCAAGUAUGCGGUGCCAGCGAUGGUGCGCAAUGGCCGGGAGCAAGGGAACGGCGUGAUUGUCAACAUGGGCAGCGUGGCGGGCCUGCGAGGCGGAACGCCGCAUCUGCUGUACCCGACGAGCAAGGGCGCCGUGGUCAACAUGACGCGGGCCAUGGCGGCACACCACGCGGCGGCCGGCAUCCGUGUCAACUGCGUGUGCCCAGGGAUGCUAUACACGCCGAUGAUGUAUGCGGCGCCGGCCGAGGAUGCGUCCGAGUCGACAAAAGUCAUCAUGUCUGAAGAGGCGCGGUCGGCCCGCAAGGCGCGCAGUUUGCUGGGCACGGAGGGCACGGCAUGGGACUGUGCGUGCGCUGUAGUGUUCCUGUCGAGCGACCAUGCGCGGUGGAUCACGGGUGCCAUCAUUCCGGUCGAUGCGGGUGUCACGGCGGCUGUGGGCAUCGGCAUGCCCAAGAGCGCAAGUGUAAAUGGGAAAUAA